UUGUCGUUAAACCGCCAUGUUGGUGCGCAGUAAGCGUUCUCCUGGAGCCUACGCAGUUGUGAAAGCAGGAGGAACGUCAAGAAGUGCGCCUUGGUUGCGUUAGGUUUCCCAAGUUGGGUUUCGUUGCUGUUCAGUCGGCCCUGCUGUUUCGUCUGGACCGGAUCGGCCUGUGGGCCCGCUCAUCACGCAGAGAGGCGUGCACGAUGGAUAAGCCUAGAGCCGCUGCCAGUGGGUACAGGAAAUCAGCGUGCUUUAUCACUGACGCCGCGUUAGAAUGAAAUUUCCUGAUAACCAUUCACUGCUCCGUUCGGCGUCCCGACUGCCGCACAUCGGGCCUGUUGAUGUGUUCAAUGGCGUCUAUGAUGGUGGGCACGGCAGUGGAGCCACGGGGGCCGCUCGCCUUCCCGGUACCUGAGCAGACAGUUCUGGAUGGGCCCAUGGGGGCAACGGUGGGCAAGUUCCCCAAGAUGGCCGGUACUGCUGACUAUAGCCGAGAAGAAGAUAGGCAUGCCACUUUUCGUGAGUGGCCCCCACACGCCCCAGUAUCUGCGAAGAAGCUGGCCCAGGGUGGCUUUGUGUGUAUUAACGCUUACAGACUUAUAACACGGUGUUACAGUUGUGGGCUCGAGGUUUCAGACUGGAGUAUCGCAGACGUUGUAGUAGACAAGCACCGCACGAUGCGGCCAGACUGUGCAUUUGUACGCUCCCUUCCAAGUCCACGUGUUUCGGGGGCAGCAAGCCCUCAGUCGCCCACGACCGUCACUUCGUCUGCUGGUGCAAGGCACGCGCCAGCGAUGCACGUUGACAGCGUGGCUCCUCCAUUACCCUGCAUCAACAGUGCGCCUUCAGUGCAGAGUCGGCCUUGUGAGACUGUGCCGCCGGGCGGUGCACGAAAUGACGUCCCGCUUCAUCGGCUUCAGGCGUCCGAGGAAGAGCGGUUGAACACCUUCUAUGACUGGCCGCUGGUCUCUCCAUCAGCGCGGGCUCUCGCUCAGGCGGGCUUUUACUACACUCACAAACAAGACAAGGUGCAGUGUGCCUUCUGCAAGGGCGUAGUGCACAACUGGGAGCCAGGGGACGACCCCCUGCGGGAGCAUGCCCGCCACUACCCGUGUUGCCGGUAUCUUCUGAACCCCGACCUGGCUGGCCAAGACGUGUGCGGUCGCAUGUCGUGGCAGCAGGCACGUUCCGCACCCGAGUGUGCGCAGCUGCUCAUCAAUGAAGGCCCCCAGGGAGUGCACUUGAAAGGAAACACUCCUCCAUCAGAGCUGUCUGGCCUCGGCGUGUCUGUGCAUGUCGGCCCAAAGCAUCCCUCGCAAGCAUCGCCCGAUGCCCGGCUGCGAACUUAUGAAAAGUGGCCCACCACGUGCCCCAAGCGGCCCCAGGAAUUAGUAUUGGCUGGAUUUUUUUACAUCGGCGUUAACGACUACACCAAGUGCUUCCACUGUGACGGUGGCCUCUGCAAUUGGGACUCGAAUGACGACCCCUGGGAGGAACACGCCCGUUGGUUUCCUCGUUGCCAGUUUGUGCUGCUGUCCAAGGGCGAGACAUACGUGCAGGACUGCCUCAAGCGACACCAGUCGCACCUCAGCGCGGUGGCAGCCAGUGCGUCAACAAGUUCCCAGGGACAGUCCGGAGGUGCAGACGAGGGAAUGGCGACCGAACUGGCAGCGUUGAUGCGAUCCGAAGACGUGCAGUUCUACUUGUCACAAGGGGUCCCUGCAGAGACACUGCGCGCUGCGUUGCUUAAGCACAUGCGCAGUCAGGGACGGGGUUUCGCAAGCCGGGAUGAGCUUCUUCAGGUUCUUGGCGAGCUGCUUACCCUGCCAAGGGCUUCAGCCGACCAGACUCCACAGCGCUUGGCUACAAACAGUGUUACGAUCACCAAAGUGGCAACAAAUCCUGAGGCGGAUUGCAUUGUUUCUAGAGCAAAGAAUGCUUCAGCGGAGAGCCUUACAGAGGAGUCAGAGUCUUCUGAUUUGGCUCUGGAGAACCUGCGACUCAAGGACCAGCGCCUCUGCAAGGUGUGUCUCGAUGCCGAGGUAGGCGUCGUGUUCCUGCCGUGCGGCCACCUGGUGGCGUGCCCCGCUUGCGCCUCCGCCCUCUCCGACUGCCCAGUGUGCCGCGCGUCCAUCCGCGGCACCGUGCGGACGUUCUUCUCGUGAAAUCGAUGACAGAGAGAGAAGGAUUGCGCAUGAGA